AUGGCCUCAGCUUUCGAGAUCAAUAACCUCUUCAACGUCAAUGGCCUUAUCGCCGUUGUGACAGGAGGCGGAAGCGGCAUUGGCCUUAUGAUAGCCCAGGCCCUCGAAGCUAAUGGUGCAAUUGUCUAUGUCAUCGGGCGAAGAAAGGAAGUCCUAGAGAGUGCAGUCAGCACCGCGAAGCACGGAAACAUUCAUCCCAUUCAAGGCGACAUAACAAACAAGAAAGAUCUUGAGCGUGCAGUGUCCGAGAUAGAAUCUAGCCACGGCUAUGUCAAUGCUGUCAUUGCCAAUGCCGGUAUUGGAGGUCCCUCUCUUAACAAACUGCCGUCCAAUCCCAGCAUCUCAGAGUUCCGCAACUAUGUCUGGGGCUGGGAUACCAAGGAUCUCAGCACCACUUUCACCAUCAAUACUGUCGGAGUACUGAACACAGUUUUUGCCUUCCUUGAACUGCUCGAUGCCGGCAACAAGAAAGGAAAUCUCAAGCAAAGAAGUCAAGUCAUCGCCACCAGCAGCAUUGGUGGCUUCAACCGAUCACCCGCUCUGGGAUAUGCCUAUGGGGGCUCCAAGGCCGCAGUUACGCACAUUUUCAAGCAGCUCUCCACAUCUCUCGGGCAAUUUAACAUUCGUGCCAACGUCAUCGCACCAGGAUUUUAUCCCAGCGAAAUGACAACGGAGGCAAUUGAGUACCGCAAAACGGUCGGCUGGCCCAAAUCUGUUGUCCCUGAGGAACGGCCUGGAGAUGAGGAGGAUAUCGCGGGUGCUAUUCUGUUUUUGGUCAGCCGAGCUGGUGCAUACAUCAACGGAAAUGUACUUGUGACAGACGGUGGUAGACUUGGAGUCGUUCCAGCCUCUUAUUAG